AUGACCGGCACACACUCGUCCCAUAGCAGAGAAGAAGAAGCUCAGAAGAAUAUGGGUGGGGGUUGGACAACCUUUCCCUUCAUCAUUGUGGCAGUAGCUGGGUUAACACUUGCAAGUUCAGGAAUUCGGGCAAACUUGAUCGUGUAUCUGAUACAAGAGUUCAAUAUAAAGAGCAUAACUGCUACUCAGAUUUCUAAUGUCCUUAAUGGCAGCACAAGUCUAUUCCCAUUUAUUGCUGCUGUGGUUGCUGACUCUUUCUUUGGCUCUUUUCCUGUAGCCUUGGUUUCUUCCUGUGUUGAUUUGCUGGGAACAGUGAUAUUUGCGUUGACGGCAAGCAUAAAAUCCUUAAGGCCUGAAGAGUGCAUGAACAAGGGAUCAAGAUUGUGCGAAGCACCAUCGAGAGUGCAAUAUGGCGUCCUAUACACGGCACUAACACUAGCAGCAAUCGGCUUCGGUGGCAUGCGCUUCACAACAGCAACUCUUGGAGCAAACCAGUUCGAUAACCCAGAACACCAAGCCAUCUUCUUCAACUGGUUCUUAUUCACUUGGUACGUUGUUUCAGUUGCAGGCUUCACCGGAAUCGUCUACAUGGAAGUCAAUGUGAGUUGGAGUGUGGGGUUCUGGAUUUGUGCUGCUUCCAUCUUGAUUGGCGUCAUAGUUUUCUUGGUGGGGUACCGCUAUUAUCGCCCUGAAAAGCCACAAGGAAGCGCCCUUGGGGAUCUUGCUAGAGUUCUUGUUGCUUCUGUUCGAAAGUGGAAGUCUCAGCUUUCAUCAACAACAAAUAAUUACUAUAGUGGCUUGGUUCCAGUGUCGGCAGUACCGGGAAAAAGAUUAAGGUACUGA